UUGCCAAAAAAAUAACCUGUACUUUUUCCCGGAUAAUUAGAUAGUAAUUUGAUGAUUAAAAGAGAAGCAAUUAUAAAGGUAAGAGAGUAAUAAAAGAUGUGAUGCCAAAAAGGAAAAGGAAAUAAAAAGAAAUCCCUAGCCACCCACUCUUUUCUCUCUGUAAUUCAAAUCCAAAAUAUGGCAGAUACCGGAGUAGUUACCGUCUACGGCAAUGGCACUCUCUACGAUACCACUAAGAAAUCCACCUUCUCCGUCAAGGUCGGCCUCGCACAGAUGCUCCGCGGCGGCGUUAUCAUGGACGUCGUUAAUGCCGAACAAGCCCGCAUCGCUGAAGAAGCCGGAGCCUGCGCUGUUAUGGCCUUGGAGCGCGUCCCCGCCGAUAUCCGCGCUCAAGGCGGCGUUGCUCGCAUGAGCGACCCUCAACUCAUCAAAGAAAUCAAGCAGGCAGUCAGCAUUCCCGUCAUGGCCAAAGCCCGAAUCGGCCAUUUCGUGGAGGCACAGAUUCUAGAAGCAAUAGGCAUCGAUUACAUCGAUGAAAGCGAAGUCCUUACCCUAGCCGAUGAAGAUAACCAUAUCAACAAACAUAAUUUCCGGGUGCCUUUUGUUUGCGGUUGCAGGAAUCUAGGCGAGGCCCUGCGCAGAAUCCGGGAAGGAGCCGCUAUGAUUCGCACCAAAGGGGAAGCCGGCACCGGAAACAUCGUGGAGGCAGUUAGACAUGUGAGGUCUGUGAUGGGGGACAUUAGAGUGUUGAGGAAUAUGGAUGAUGACGAGGUCUUCACUUUUGCUAAGAAAAUUGCUGCUCCUUAUGAUUUGGUUAUGCAGACUAAGCAGUUAGGAAGGCUUCCCGUCGUCCAAUUCGCAGCGGGAGGAGUAGCUACUCCUGCUGAUGCUGCUAUGAUGAUGCAGCUCGGCUGUGAUGGCGUCUUUGUCGGCUCUGGUGUCUUUAAGAGCGGUGAUCCUGCAAGAAGAGCUCGUGCUAUUGUUCAGGCUGUUACCCAUUAUAGUGACCCUGAUGUGCUUGCGGAGGUCAGUUGUGGACUCGGUGAAGCUAUGGUUGGUAUCAAUCUUAAUGAUGAUAAGGUUGAAAGGUAUGCCAAUCGCUCUGAGUAGUUACAGUUUCCCAAUUCAAAUGCUGGAUUUUGUACCCGUCUUGCUAUUAUUGUUGCGCUGUUCAAGUUUACAGAUAAUUAGUAUAUGUGUUUUAGAAGCUGCAUUGCCUAGCUUACGUAUAUCAUUGGUUCCAUUCUGUAACCUUAGAAAUAAUUGAGGGUUUUUGUUUCAUGUAUUCUUCUUCUUGGUGGAAACAGUGAAGUUUGAUGCAGAUUUACAUUUAUAUAAUAAUUAUUGAUUGCUCUCUCCA